ACACCUUGUAGAUUACACAUACAGAAGGUCGGCUGCAGGGGCGGACUGACCAUUUGGAAAGUCGGGCACUGCCUGAGGGCCCGGGGUCAGUAGGGGACCCCAUGAGAUGCCCCUGGUACCUUUUUCAUAGGCUUUUUUGAGUUUGGGCAAGGACACAGGGGCCCCAUGAUCCCCUAUUGCCGGGGGCCCCAUGAGUUGUCAGUCCGCCCCUGUCCGCCCCUGCGUCGGACUGUCUACUUUGCACAAAGUGGUCAUUUGGGGGGAUAUCUGUCCUGU